AAACAGGAAGUAAACAAAUGCUGCGUGUUCGAUCGAAAAUGUCUCGGAGAGCGAAAUGGCUGUGGGGACUAUUUAAAAAUUCUUUGUAUUCUGUCAGACAACAGAAAAGAAUCAUUGGAAAUGAUUAUUUUGGGAAUGUAUAUUACGAAAAGGAAGCAAAUCCUUCUCGAAACUUGAAAGGGGCUCGAUGGGUUGAACGUGCAGAUGGAGAUCAGAUGACACCCCCAGAUAUGCCUGUAGAAUGGGAAGCUUGGAUCCGUGGCAAGCGACAAAAUCCACCAACAGAAGAGGAAAUCCAAAGAAACUAUGCAAAAAUGAUGAAAACUAUUCACCGAGCUAAGGAAUUAGAACAAAAAUAUGCAAGUGCAUCACCCAAAUUUGAGGAAAAUGUUUUACCUCGGACACGAAGAGAAUUCCCAGAAUAUCCUGAAUAUGAAAUAAUACCUGGCGAGAAGACAGAAACUGAUGAUAAAAAGAAGUGAUAAAAUAAAUAUUGUUUCUGAAUAAUUUAUUCCUUUUCCAAUGUUAUAUUUUGAUUUCAUUCCUUAGAUUCAUAAUAAAGAUUUUUGUAUUGAACUGAA